AUGACAACCACCGCUCCUCCUCUCCAAGAUCAUGAUCCCUCCAAUACAUGUUCCUUAUGGAUGAAUGAGAACGCUCCAAGCAAUAACAUGAAACAAGAGACAAGUAGCUUCUCGGUGGCAAGUGACAACUCGACUUGCCAUCAUUCCAGUGCUUGUUCUCGUGAAGGAGGAUCACUCAUGUUGAAUCUGGAUGUGAACGAUUUCAUAACUUGUUAUUUACUCUUGAAGAGUUGUCCUUCUUCUUCUUCCUCAACCAUGAACGUUGCAGAUUACAUCCAAAACGUUCAAAAUUCAUUCACCACCACCACCACAACAACAUCCCUGAGAAACAAUACCAUUGUAUUGGACAAUGUCAUGAUGAUGAUGAGGACCACCACUUGUGAUGAUGAAGAAUCCAUGUUCUGUGUGCACCAAUUGCAACCACAGAACGAAACGAUCAAUCUGCACUCCUCUCCAUUGGGUGUUGUGACAGCCACCAUGAACAUGGACCAUGUCACCACUGCUACAACCAACGCCACGGUGACCUUGACAACGCCACCUCACACGACGAUGAACUCCUCCUGCUCCCCAACAACAACAACACCACAAUCCAACUCCCAAUUCUGUGCCAUACAAUCUCCUCCAUUAUUUAUCGAUGAGUCCAAGACGGAUCAUUCUAAAAGAACAAGUUCUUCUGUAACGAUGAUGAUGAAGAAGAAGAAGAAACAAUCCAUCCUGGAGGCUUCCAAGAAAAUUACAAAACGUUCCUCCUCCUCCUCCUCCUCCUCAAGAGGAAGAGUUCUUGUUCAUCAAAACAACAACAACAACAACCGAACCUCCAAAACUACAUUCAUUAACACAAACUACUCGAGUAAACAAGCUCCUAAAGGCCACAAAAGUUCCAUGAAUCCUCCAAAACCUGAAUCGAUGCAAUUUACCUUUCCUUCUUGGACCUUCCAUCUUCUCAAUACUACUUCUUCUACGGCCCGUCCAGAUGAAUCAAAGGCUUCUCCUUCUUCUAAAAGCAAAACAAAUUCUUUAAUCUCAUCCUCUUCUUCAAAGGGAGCCUCAAACAAUAGUUCGAAUGGAGUUAAAUUUAAGAUGCAAACAAUCUCACCAUUUCAUUCCUUGUAA